AUGAUAUAUUUUUAUCUUGUAUUAUUACUCAAAUCACUUAUGAUCAUAAAUGCUUCUAAAAUUUCCAAUUUUAAUAACAUAAAAAAAAGGAAUAUAUUUUUUAUGCAUAGUAAUAUUAAUAAAAACAGCUAUAGUAAAAUAAAGAUUGCUCAUGACAUAUUUUUAAAAAGAAAUCGAUAUUUUGAAAAUGGUCUACAACACACUAAAAUAUUAUUAGUUAAUUUAUUAGACAAAGACCAAAAUGAAAUAUUUGAUUUUUCAAAUAAUAAUAUAAAGGAAACUAGUACUAAUGAAGAAAAGCGAAAAAAAAUAAAAAUAAACAUUGAUAACAAAAAUAAUAAUAAUUAUAAUGAGGAGAAAAGUUCUAUAAAAGCCACGUUAUCGAAAACCAAAAAGUUUUGUAACUAUUUAACUAAUAAAUUAGGUCGAUUAAAUAAAAAAUUACGAGAAAUAAAAAAAUUAGAAGCUAUUUUUUAUGCAAAUCCUAAUAUAUUAACGGAAGCUCAGCAAGUUAAAUUAAGCAAAAAAAAACAUAUAAAAAACGAAAUAGUUUUAAUUAAUAGAUAUAGAAAGAAAUACUUUUCAUAUAAAAGAAAUUUAAUGAAAAAUAUAGAUGAUUUAUCGCCUUUUUUUUAUUCAAAAAAAAAAAAAAAAAAACAAUUAUGUACAAGUCAGGAAUUUGCAGAAAUUUUGAAAUCUGAAAAUCCCAAGGAAGCAGUGCAAAACAUAAAAAAUAUAGACAUAAAUAAAAUUCCAAGAAAUAUAACCGAUUAUUUGAUAUUUAACAAAAUUGGAACAAGGGAAGAUAUUAAAAUUUUAUUUGGUCUCAAAGCUAUAAAAAUAAAUGGAAAUGCAAUUGAUGAUGAAAAUUAUAUACUAAACGUUAAGGAAGAUGAAGUAAAAGUUUUUGAUCAAGUUGUUAGGAUCCACGAGGAUCACUAUGUUGUCAGAAAAAGAUUUACAAAAAAUCAAAAACAAAUUUUAGAACAAAAAGAAAAUGAAAAAAUGGCAGACAUAAAGAAAGAAGUUAAGGGUGUGGAACAAUUUUUCAACAUCAAAAAAUAG